UGCCCCGCCCCCACCCUGUUGGGUUCAAACUCUGACUUGGGCAAGACUCUGUUGCCAGGCUUCCUGUGGGUGAAAGGGAGAGUGCCUCCAGCAGCACCAAAAUACAGCCAGACUGACAAUGGGACUGGACCAACUUCUCAGCUUGCUGAGGGCUGUGACCUGUGGUCUCUUAAUUCUACAUCCAGGCCAAGCCCAGGACUCUGCCAGCCCCAUCCGGACCACAAACAUAGGACAGGUGCGGGGAAGCCUCGUCCAUGCAAAGGGCACUGAUGCUGGGGUCAACACCUUCCUGGGAAUUCCCUUUGCCAAGCCACCUGUAGGACCACUGCGGUUUGCACCCCCUGAGGCUCCUGAGUCCUGGAGUGGAGUGAGGGAUGGAACCUCUCACCCUGCUAUGUGUCUUCAAGAUACUAACUUAAUGGGUUCAGAAGGUCUGAAGAUAUUUAAUGUGAUGGUCCCUUCUAUCCCUGCAUCUGAGGACUGCCUGUACCUCAACGUCUAUACACCUGCCCAUGUCCAUGAUGGAUCUCUCCUGCCUGUGAUGGUAUGGAUCCAUGGUGGUGGGCUAGUUGUAGGUUCGGCUUCCAUGUAUGAUGGAUCCAAACUGGCAGCUUCUGAGAACGUGGUGGUGGUCAUUAUCCAGUACCGCCUGGGUGUCCUGGGAUUCUUCAGCACUGGAGACCAGCAUGCCACUGGCAACUGGGGCUACCUGGACCAAGUGGCUGCCUUACAAUGGGUGCAACAGAAUAUUGCUCACUUCGGAGGCAACCCCGACCGGGUCACCAUUUUUGGGGAAUCUGCAGGUGGUGUAAGCGUGUCAUCACAUGUCUUGUCCCCCAUGUCUCGCGGACUCUUCCAUGGUGCCAUCAUGGAGAGUGGGGUGGCCUUGCUGCCGGAUCUCAUCUCUAGUUCUUCUGAGGCCGUUUACACUAUGGUGGCCAACAUGUCUGGCUGUAGGCAAAUUGAUUCAGAAGCCAUGGUGAGAUGCCUACGUGACAAGAGUGAAGAGGAGAUUGUGGCUAUUACAAAGUCCUUCAAGAUCAUCCCUGCUGUAGUGGAUGGGGCCUUCCUGCCCAGGCACCCCCAGGAGCUGCUGGCCUCUGCUGACUUUCACCCUGUCCCCAGCAUCAUUGGGGUCAACAAUGAUGAGUAUGGCUGGGUCAUCCCAAUGUUUCUUGGCUCUGCAGACACCCAGAAGGAAAUGAGCAGAGAAACUCUGCGGACUGUUCUGCAGAGCAUGUCAGCACGGAUGAUGUUGCCUGCUGAGUUUGGUGACCUACUUAUGGAAGAGUACAUGCGGGACAUUAAGGACACCCAGGCCCUCAAAAUCCAGUUCCAUGAGAUGAUGGCGGAUUUUAUGUUCGUGCUUCCUGCACUCCAAGUAGCACAUUUUCACCGUUCCCAUGGCACUGUCUACUUCUAUGAAUUCCAGCAUCCUCCCAACUUCCUGAAAAGUAUCAGGCCCCUCCAUGUGAAGGCUGACCAUUCUGAUGAAAUUACCUUUAUCUUCGGGUCCUUCCUCUGGGGCAACCAAGUUCACUUCACUGAGGAGGAGGAGCUACUAAGCAGAAGGAUGAUGAAAUAUUGGGCCAAUUUUGCACGAAAUGGGAACCCCAAUGGCCAAGGCCUGCCCCACUGGCCUGCAUUGGACCAUGAGGAGCUGUACCUGCAGCUGGACAUUGAGCCUACUGUGGGCCGUGCCCUGAAGGCCUCCAGGCUGAAAUUCUGGACAGAGACUCUGCCUCAGAAGAUCCAGGAGCUAAAGAGGGCUGAGGAGAAGCAUGCAGAGCUGUAGCUCCCUGUGUUGGGAGGGAGGUUGGGGAUGAGUACAGGUGAAGUCUGCCUGUGGUGACCUACACCCACAAACCCACAGAUCCAUCCAUCCAUUCAACCCUCACUAAUGAAGAAUUCCCUGCAUAGUAUUCAUUACCAGGCCUGCCUUAUUUUCCCUGUUGUUAAACAGUCAUUACAUUCCCUAGUGUAUGGCUUGUAUCUAAAUGUCUCUCCAAAGUCUCAUGUGGUCAUAGGCGUGGCUUUCCAGAGGUGACUAGAUCUAAUGUGCUUGGUACUGGGACCAUUAUGUGGUGCUGGGAUUGUUUCAUGUUGUGAUACUAGGAUUAAGGUUGUCCCACCAGAGGUGCUAGCCUGGAUAGGAUGUAAGGGACAGAGAUAGGGCUGUUGCUGUCAUUUGUUACUUGCUCCUCCUGUGCUUGCUGCUUUCUGCCUUCUGACUGCCAUGAAUUGCUUCUCCUAUGUGAUACCCUUCUGCCACGCUACCUUGCCUUAUAUCCAAGCAGGGUGGCAUGGAAUGAAACCUCUACAAACUGUGAGCCAAAAUACCCUUUCCUCUUUUAACUUUGAUUGUUGAGUAUUUUGUGUCAACAAUAAGAAAAGUAACAAGAACCCAGGGAGCUGUGGAUGAGUAAGUUCCAUUAGACACCUUCCUUAUCACCACACUAGAUCUGGACCACUUUUCCUUUUCUUACUAUGUCUUCAUGCCUCCACUCUUGCCUUACAUGAAAAUGAUGACUUGGAAAACAUUACCCACACCUAAGUGUCAAAAUUCUUUUCAUCUCUCAAUGAUUUCAUCUGUGCUCAUAUUAACGUAGGCCAACAGAAUCCCAGAUUACAUGAACCUAGGCUCUUUGUGUAUUCAGGCUGCUGUAAAACUGUAUCAAAAUCUGAACAGCUUAUAAAAACAGAAAUUUGUUUAUAGAUCAGGAGUUUUCACUUGCAUGAAGUUUGUCUCAUGGGCAGGUGAAUCUGUUUUAUUGUUGAGUCUGUUUUAUAUGUGCAUGUAAUUCAGAUGUCAAAUAUUAAUUGUCAAGUGUGCAAAGUUAAAAAAUUGGAAAAAAUCCUGUUUAGUUUGUGUGCUUAAAUAUCAAUAUGUUAGCAAAUUUCAUAAAUAUAGGGAAAUAUUGGUAAUUUCAUCGAAAACUCAAAUCCACAUGGGUGCCAGAAAAGGAGCCCCAGUCAACUAUGAGUCCAACAGGCAAAGAAGAACUUUCAGGAUGAAAGGGUGCAAUCAGACCACCCUGCCUUUGCUCAAGGUGUUGCUUUCAGCUCCAUUAAAGUUGAGUCCCAUUGUCUGUUUGUGGCUAUUAUCUUUGCUAUGUUUCAGAUCUGGGGUGUUCCCAGGAAACCUCAUGUGUUUCAAAAGUGAUUGGGUCAUGGAGGGGCCAUAGCUGAGUUUCUUUUGGGAAGUGUGGUGUGGUCAGAGGAGCUGGGUCACUGGGAGCAUGACCUGGAAGGGUUUAUCU